AUGGCAGGGGAACCAACUCAAUCACGCGCUGGUCGCGUCGUUACCAACACCCUCAAUGAAUUGGGUCUGGUCACCAUGUGGCAUUCGCCACGAGAUGUCAAGUUCCUCUGCGCCCAGCGUUUCGUACGCUUAUUCGCGUACGGCGGCUCGACUCUAAUCCUCGCAUCCUAUCUAUCCGCCAUCGGCAUCUCCGAUGAUCGCAUCGGUCUUUUCAUGACAUUGACCUUGGUCGGAGAUGUCGUUAUUAGUUUCUUUUUGACUCUGUUCGCCGAUGCCCUGGGUCGCAAGGCCGUGUUAUCGCUCGGCUCGAUCUUGAUGGCUGGUAGUGGUGUUAUUUUUGCCCUGUUUGGUAAUUAUUGGAUUCUGUUGGCUGCUGCUGUGUUUGGUGUGAUCAGUCCCAGUGGAAAUGAGAUCGGCCCCUUCCGUGCUGUCGAGGAGUCGACCUUGGCUCAUCUCACCCCCAAGAAACAGCUUAGCGACGUUUUCGCCUGGUAUUCCCUGGUCGGUACCGCUGGUACUGCGCUCGGUCAGCUGGUCUGUGGUUGGAUUAUUACUUCGCUCCAGACGUUGCAUGGCUGGGAGUUUAUCCCUUCUUGCCGCAUUAUCUUCUUCGUCUAUGCCGCUGUCGGUGUGGUCAAGUUGAUCUUGACUCUGGGUCUGACGAGGAAGGUCGAGGCGACCGUCGAGGAAGUGCAAGCCGAGGCGCAAGAGCAGAAUGGCGAGACCCAGCCCCUCUUGGCUGGUUCUAGCCCUGUGGAGCAGGAGGCUCCUAAGAAGGGCUCGCUUUGGUCCACGAUCGACGGCGAUCUGUGGUCGUUGGUUCUGAGACUGUUCAUUCUGUUUGGUCUGGACUCGUUCGCAUCUGGACUGGCAUCUUUGUCAUGGAUGACUUACUUCUUCCACCGAAAGUUCAACCUGCCCGAAGGCGAGCUGGGCACCAUCUUCUUCGUUACUAGCAGCAUCGCCGCAGCCUCCAUGCUCGUCGCGUCUUCAAUCGCCAAGCGCAUCGGCAACGUCAAGACAAUGGUCUUCACUCACCUCCCAUCGACCAUCUGUCUCGCCCUUAUUUCUGUCCCUAACAACCUCCCACUGGCACUCACUUUCUUGGUUUUGCGAGCCUGCUCCCAGAACAUGGAUGUCGCUCCUCGAAGUGCCUUCCUCGCUGCGGUCUUGCCGUCUGAUAAGCGGACUGCUAUCAUGGGCGCCGUCAACGUGGUCAAAACCACUGCCCAGAGUCUUGGACCUCUCAUCACGGGUAUCUUGGCUCGUAAUAACAUGUUCGGCGUAUCGUUCAUUCUAGCCGGUUGCUUGAAGGUUGUGUAUGAUCUCGGUAUGCUGUUUACCUUUGCUGGUAAGGAGGCCGAGCAGCGCAAGCAGGCUGCACGGGAGAAUGAUGAGGAGGAGUCGUAG